AUGAACUUCACUCCAGCCCAGCUCCUGCAGCGUGGAGGCCUGCCGUUCUACCCCUGCCAUACCCUGCUGGAGCUUGGUUGUGCCGAUACUGGCUACUAUAGUGGAUCUGACAGCCUCUCCCCUGCCUCCUCGGUAGAGUCCUGCUCCCCCUUCCAAUGGGGAAUGGAGCAGGGGGCCACAGCGAGACUCACUGUCAGAGGGAGACAAGCUGCAGUGCAAGACAAGAAGAAGUCCAGGUCUAAGCACCCAGGGAAGAAACGCCAGAGUGCCAGCGAGAGGGAAAAACUGAGAAUGAGGGGGCUGACCAAGGCUCUCCACAACCUCCGGACCUAUCUCCCCCCAUCUGUUGCCCCACCUGGCCAGACCCUGACCAAGAUCGAGACCCUGCGUCUGACCAUCCGGUAUAUUGCCCACCUGUCAGCCCAGCUCGGGCUGGAUGAGGAGGUCCAGCAUGAAGGAACCAAGGUGGACACCUCAGUAUGUCUUUCCUCACCAGAGACCCAGGAGUGCUGCCAGUACAGCUUCAUGCCAGGCCACAGGGGGGGCCCAGAGGGUAGGCCCUACUGCUUCGAGCCUCAUAGACUGCCUCACCCCAACAGCAAGGAGACCUCUCUGCAGACAGGCGCAGAUAUGCUAAUGUCGGCAACAUGUUUUGAAGAUGUACAGGCCUCUCAGAAAACUCCAGGAUACUAUGGCAAUGUCACAGUGCAUUUGGACCCUACUGACUAA